GGGGUAUGCAUAGGGUUACCCCCUAGCAUUGAUAGACGCUAAAGCCAGGCUUGCUGCCAACGCAUAGCCGGGUUACCUCCUACUCACCCCGCCCACAUCACGGCCGCGUCCUCAUAGUCGAGUUCUGUCUCAAUUCCCCUUCCGCGUCUGCAACUAUGGCUCCCUCACUCGUCCAGCCUCUCCUUCUUCUCAUCUUCACCGCCUUCACCAUAGCAAUCGGGCCCACCAGCAUCUUCAUCAACCAAGUGCCCGAAUACUCCCUUCUAUCCCAAUGCGCGGAAACGGAAGUCUCCACUAUCGUACGCGACAUGGCAUAUGGCUGCGGUGACGACUCGCGCACGACAUCGUUCGCCUGCUUCUGCUACGAUAGCUCCGCCAAAUUCUCCGGCAUGAUCGGGAGGCAUGUACAAACCGCUUGCACAACAGAUGGUACGCAGAAUACUUCGGUCGUCGAAGUGUUCAGCAGCUAUUGUCAAUUGGGCCAGGUUGCGGCGAACCCCCCAGGUUGGUAGAAUCCGAGGCGAAAAUGGAAAUGCAUGGGAAGAAGAGGCUGACAGGAUGUGCCAGCAACGUUAAAUAAGUUAGAUGUGAGGGCUGGCUCCCGGUCUCCACUGCUGUACGUGCGCUCCGGAACACCUAGCUGGGUAAGUCGAUUGCGG